AUGCCGGCGCUCGUCCUCACGCGCGCGGGCUGGGCGCGCGCGAGCGACGUCGACGACGACGACGACGACGCGACGCGCGACGUCGCCGCGGCGCUGUGGACGACGACGACGUGGCUGGACAUGCUGAACGACGGGCGGCGAAACCGAGCCUUCGCGCGGGCGAUCGAACGCGACGUGACGCGAGGCGAUCGAUGCGUGGACGUCGGCGCGGGCACUGGGAUACUCGCGGCGAUGCUCGCGCGGGCGUGCGGACGCGAGGGAGGCGUGGUGGCGGUGGAGGAGUACGCGCCGUGCGCGGCGCUGGCGAGAAAAAUCGUCGGCGGCGACGGGAUCGACGUGCGGUGCGCGCGAAGCGAUGAGGUGGUGUGCGAGACGGAAAACGAAAGGUUUGACGUGAUGUGCGCGGAGUUGUUGGACUCGGAGCUCGUGGGAGAGGGAUGGUUGAAGACGGCGCGCGAGGCGAGACGAAGGCUGACGCGCGGACGAGGCGCGACGAUACCGAGACGAGGGAGGACGCACGCGAGGUUGGUGCGAUGCGAAAAGGCGGCGAAAUAUUACGGUGCGAUCGGUGACGCGGCGAGCGCGGCGGGGGAGGGGGUGGUGUGGUGUCGAAGCGCGAGGCAGGCGCACGCGCGCGCGUGGAGACGAGAGAUGGAAUCGUUAUCCGACGACGUCUUGGCGCACGAGUUCGAUUUCGAGAACGUGCCGGAGGAAGGACGCGCCGCGACGUGGGAACGCGAGUGGAAAGUCGUCGACACCGCCGGGCGCGCGGAUGCGGUUUUGGUGUGGUGGGAGGUGGACGUCGAUUCAGAGGGCGAUGCCCGGUAUUCGACGCGUCCGACGCCCGACGCUCCCUGGACGCACCAUUGGCGGCAAGUCUUGUUCGUCGUUCCCGAACACGCGCGCGGUGGAAUUUUGAAUGGCGAUGGAAAGGUGCGCUUUGUCGCCACGCACGACGAUUACUCGCUGAAAAUCGGGAUUCAAACGUCCGAGACUCUCGGCGCUCGGGCGGACGCCGCCGGCGUCCCGGACCCGCCCGUCGAAGCGCCUUGGCUCGAUCCAUUGAGACGGUGCGCGCGGGGAGAGAGCACGUCGUACCGUCUUCGCGCGGUUGGGAUGCGUUUGCCCGAAUUCGUCGCGAGCAAGGCGCGACUCGGCGUCGUGUGCGGCGUCGAUUUGUCGAGCGCCAACGCGCUCUUGCGUCCUGAAGACGACGACUUGCCCGACGACGCACCGAUCGGGUGCGAAAAGUUCGACGCUCCGAUUUCAUGGUUCCACGUGUUUGAGCUCGGUGGCGGUCCGCACGACGCCGACGCCGUCGCGACCUCGCCCGAGACGCUCUUUGAAUUCGGCGACGAAUCGUCCUCCUUCGCCGUCGGCGCUCGCGCCGUCGCGACGCUCCGCGCGGACGCCCCGUUCGACGCCGUCGUCGUCUACAUCGACGCCGAAGACGAUGUCGAUCCGUUCGAUCCCGAACGCGACGCGUUCGCCACGCCCUUUUCCAUCGCGAGACGUCGUCAAGGCGUUCUCAUCGUUCCGGAACGCUCUCGCGCUCCAUCGCUCCAAGUUUGGUGCGCCGCCGUUCCCGGCGACGAGGGAUUCCGAUUCGGCAUUCUCGCCUCAUCGUAA